CCUGGGUCGACCUAUGAAUUCGAAUCAGCUGCAAUUGUCCCAUCCCUUCGGCUUUCCAUUGACCAUCAUCUACCCAAGGUGCUUCCCUACAAGCUGUACGUGUCGUGUAAUUGAAUCAUCACCUUUCCAAUACUGCCAGGGGUGAUUCACUGUCCUCCCUACAUUGUUUACCGCUCUAUUCUCCAUUUCUCAGGCCUGCUCUGUGUCUCCAUUCCCACUUAUACACAUUCUUCUCGGGACCCCCUUUUUCUCCAGUCAUCAAAAUGCAUGUAGGAAUCUCCCUGAAGCUUGACUCCACCGUGUGUCAGAGUCCUCGCAAGAAAGACUCGACUUCGAAUGGAUCAUUGAUGAUGUGAUGAUGCGAAUGGCAGGCAAGGAGAGUCCAGGACCCUGGUCCCUCCCCUCGAACCCCCUGUAUUGUAUUUUGUCUUGCCGCCCUUGUCAGCCCGAACCCUGGCAUUAGAGGGACCCGCCCUGUGAUCGUGAGCUGAUUUGACUGAUGUGGCUGGAUAUUUGCUUCUUUGCUUGGGUCAGCUUGGCUGUGAGUGUGACGGAUGCUGAUUAUCGACUGUUGGUGGACAUUUUGUAUUACCUCAACUGCUCCCGAUCACGAAGAAUGGAGGGUAUAAGCCGAGUCAACGGUGUAGAUAACAGCCGGCUUAGUAUCAUAUCCGAAGUACGAUAGAAGGGCAGGAUUACUGCAUUUUAUAUCAGUUUAAGAGAGGCUGAGGUAAACAGUGUAAUCCAUAUAGGUAAAGUAGGUAGGCAAGUUGGUCCGUACAUUGUUAUCCAUGCUGAUAGGUCCCUUGACGCAUGAGAAUUAGUUUAUUCGCGGCUUUUGAUGUCUUAUUUCCUCAUUAGCAGCACUCAUCAUCAACUAACCCUGCUUGUUUUUCUUUGCUUUGCCUUACCUUGGCUUGCCUGCUCGGCCUUGUAUAUUGGAUGCCCACUCUGUUCUUGUCUCUGAUCUGCUCUACCUUACGCAUUGCGGUUUGGCCUGAACCUUUGAUAUCUCUUUUCGGAACAGAUAUCCCUCCAAAGUGGAGGUUUCCCCCGACCUCGAAGUCCCCUCCCGCUCCCACCUGUGACUUUAUUAAAGUAUUAUUAAGGAUCAUAUCCCGGCCUCUUUCUUCUUCUCUCGGUCUCUUUGGAUGUCUCUCGACCUUGUCCUUUUCGUUUGAAGCUUGCCUGUCAAAACCUGCACUCUCCCGACGACUCCAUUUUCGAUCCCAUCUUGUCCUUGGCCACCUAUCCUGGCCUUGUUCGUGAUUGUCUCCGGCUCACCUUUGCGCCCACCAGCAUCUUGCACUUUUAUAUUCGAGUACGGAUUCAUUAUUCCCAUAAUUAAUCGUCCUCUUCUUUUAGUGCUUUCUUUGACGGUUUUCCUUUUCAUCUCUUUGUAUUCUUACGUGGGGACUCAUCGUGGCGCAUUCUCACCUUCAUCGCCGUCACUCGUAUCUCUCCAAUCGAAAUUGACCUUCAACGUUCCAGACGGCAACAAUUCUCCCUCUUGGGCACUGGUAUUCAGUCGAAUGCGCACGCAAGAUUUGCAUGCUCCAAGACUUGACUCAGAUCCAAGAGAGUUGUCAGAUAUUGUCAAUUCCCCAGAACCGAACCCAACAAAACCCAACACAACGCAACCUUGUUAGUUGGCAGCCGGAUCUCCCUGGCGUUCCAUCAUCAUCGAAUCGUCAAUCCAGACGGAGCCACCCAAUCCCAGAAGACUUCGCCAGCAUCACCCCACGCCCACGCCCUCCAAAAAGUUCAACCACACGACAACCUCACUGGGUAAUCUUGGUUGCUUUUUUCUCACCUCACUCACUCCUACUUGGCCAUCGAACGUUUUCCUCCAGGACCUCGUCUCUUCUCCCAAUGAUGCACUGAGAAAGCGAUACCCUUGGACUCGACUCGAACUGAACCUCACCGCCACAAUAUCAUCUCCCCUGGCUAAAGAGUCGCCGUUCCCGGACCAUGAUCGCCGCGGCCCUCCGUCAGAGCCCGAUCAUCGCUGUCGAUAUGGCCAACUCCACCACAACGACGCCUUUGACCACCACAAGCGUUAGCACUGGCGUCAACAACGGCGCAGACACUAACACAGGUGCCACAGCUCCCGAGCUAAGCGAUCUCGACUACUUCAUCACUGUACUCCAAUUGCCGGAUGGUCGAACGGAGAACCAGAUCGAGGAUGACCUCGUUUCCAAGGCGAACGCCCUCGGUAUCUCGAGUGCGCCCGUUGCUGAUAAGCGUAUCACCUCAAGUGUCGAGUCAGCCUCAACAGUCUACAAUGCUCGAACAUUUUCUAUGCUCUCUGCCGGGUCCACAAGCACCGCUCUGACCACACAUUCAUCUAUCUUUGGUCCAUCUACACCUGAUCUAGCGCUUUCCAGUGCCCGACAAUCCAAGGAUCUGAGCUUUUCCCAGUAUGAUCGCUAUCUAUCAGUGAUCGAUCCUCACCACAACCACUCAAAAACUACAAGGGACUCACAAACGCCCGAUGCCACUGCUCAGAGUAUAUUCAGCGGCAAGACGAAACGCAGCCUUUUCAGCGUUAGGUCGGGCUUCAGAUUACGAUGGAAGAAGAAGGCAUCCCCGCAGCCACUCCAGGUCAUAUUGACCUGUGCGAGCUGCCGUGCGGACUUCAAGAGCUCCAAAUCAUUACACAGCAUCUCAUGUGGCCACACAUAUUGCGAUAACUGCUUAAGAACGCUCAUCCAUACAGCCAUGUCCGACGAAUCGAGCAUGCCGCCGAGAUGCUGUGCUCAGCCAUUGCCGGGGUUUGUGAUGAGGGACCUUCUCAGUCGCGACGCCCAACAGGAGUUUUUGAAGGCCAUUAUACAAUACAGCACACCCUGGCAGGCAAGGAUAUUCUGUUCCAACCCUUCAUGCGGAGGAUUUAUUCCACCACAUCAAAAAUUGGACCCCAAGUAUCCUUCCACUGUCACUUGCCGCAAAUGCAACACAAGAGUUUGCCUCAUGUGCAAACAUAACGCACAUCCGACAGGUAAGGACUGCCCGGAAGAUUGGGAACUAGAUCAGGUUAUCAAGGAAGGGGGUAAACCUGGCUGGAAACGGUGUUACAAAUGCCAGAACUUGGUGCCACUUGAAGAAGCAAGUACACAUAUGACUUGUCGGUGCAAAGCCCAGUUCUGCUUCACAUGUGGAGGUGUGUGGGAUGCCAAUGCUGGGUGCCCGAACGAUUGUGACGGGGAGGAAGAGAUGGACCGGAGGAGAACGGAGGAACAGGCUCAACUAGCCGAAUAUGAAGACGAGAAGGCCGCACAGGAAGCAGCCGCUGCAGCGGCAUCCGCCGAGCGCCUCGAAGCCGAAGAACGAACGAGAAACAAUGCCGAUUUCUCCAACCUCGCCGAGAUGCAUCGGCAAGAACUUGGACGAUUCCUCGAAUUCGCUGAACAGGGUAGGGAGCACAUGAGGGUACGGUUUGUCGAGCAGAAAAAGUCGAUGAUGAAGCGGCAUGCCGAGCUCAAGGAGAGCAUGAAAGAAAACCACGUGAGGACUGUGAGCCAAUUGGAGGAUCGACAGGUAGCUGCCGAGAUGGACCUGAGAAACACUCUGGAAGCGAGUGAACGGAGUGUCAGGAUUCGACUGAAGCAUAUGGAAGCUUACUGUGAUGGAUUGGGACGCAAUAGUGCGAACUCAAGCCCAGGCUCGGACUCCCAACCACAUCGAGUGGUUACGGAACGCGAUCUUCGAGAGCUCGGGCAACAGUACAAUAUUCGCGAUGGCAUGGAAAGGUCACAUCAGGCCAAAAUUAAUGUGAUGAGGGAUCGUCAGGCUAAACGCAUGGAAGAACUCAUCGACCGACAAGAGGCUGAGUACGAAACCUUGCUCGAGCGGAAUCGACAGGAGCUCGUAGAAUUAGAUGCUCAGGCGGUCCUGGAGGAAGAAACACUGGCGCACAUAUUCACUGCACGAAAAUCUAAGCUUGUGCGUCGGUGGGAACUUGCCAUUGAGAUCUUGCGCAAGGAGCUCGAAGACCAAGACGGUGUCAAGUACGCACCAAUUCCCACACCAACAUGGCCUGAACAAACAUCACAGGUUCUUUUGUCUUCUGAGUAAGAUAAUUUGCAUGACUAUCAGCAGUGUCACAUUUACUGCCACACGACUACCUUCAUGAUACAACGUAUUCUUCGUUCCGUGGUGCUUCACGAUCAAAAGCGAAUUUGCGCCUUACUCUCUUAUAAUUUUUGUUUCAACACACGCACAUAUCUUAUACAGCAUGAUACCAGGCGUAAAGGCCAUGGGGUACGGACGACUCAGAGCAAGUCUCCGCCGGUUUGUCUCUUUCUGGGAGUGUCAGGCAUUUUUCCCAAUAGCAUCAGCAUAGCAUUAUGGCCGCGUAUUUCAUUCAUAUAUUGGUGGGGGCGAGAUAAGAUCGUUAUUAGAUGAUGCUCUGUUCGCAACCAUACUCAUACCCAGACAUCGGUCUUAAUAGAGCGGAUAUCCGAGGAUCAUAGAAGAAGGAUAAGAGAGUUAUUAGACUCCGGGCUUCGUUCGCACGCUGUUUGCGAACGGAUCUGAGUAUUACGAAAGUUCUGGGGCGGGUGGCCUGGUUGAAUGUGCAUGACUGUAUAUACCCCGGACUUGAUAGAUAGGAUUUGAAUGAUUGACCGAAUGAAUCAGAAUGGUACUUCAAGCCAUAGUACCACCCAGCCGAUAGCAUGUGUUUCGCAAAUGGCAUCUGGCUCCGGCAACUUGCACCAAAUUCGCCAUCGAGAAUGCUGUCGCACCAGCGGAUGUAAGUCAAAAGUUGUAGCAUCGCAGAAGAUUGAUGACUCAUUUAACCAGUAACACCAGGCAUACGCUUGCAGUAAGGUAUCAGCAUUGGAGGGCUGACGUUGGCGCCGAACCCUAGCCCCUUGUUCUAUCCAGCAGCCAACAUCCGUGUGUUGCGAUAACGAAUAUUUGGGGUGGGCUGAUCUGUAUUGUGAAAUCCG